UUAGCUAUGACAAAGAGACAGCAUUGCUCAAUCCACCCAUAGGCAAGCAUUCACACAAACCUGGGCGGCAACAAAAGGAGGAGGGAACAUUACACAUAGUACAUGUGAUAAUGAAGACGCAAAAAGAAAAAAUAAAUUCUGGGAACUCUUGUUGCCUCAGAAAGCUGGCCGCGUCAUUUCCUUCCAAUGACAAAUGUGUGGUUUCAGUCUUUAAAAACUUUUUCAGAGUUGUGAUCAUGACCAGUUUGAAACUUUGUCUGUGAACGGAGAAUGAACUGUCAUGUCAGGAACAUGCUUUGCCUUUCUCAGAGAUUGCAAGUUAAAUUCAGAGCGUACUUCGCUAUCAUAAUCUUGAUUGCCGUUCAGUUAGUGCAGCCAACAAUGUCAUGCAAGACUGAAAAUUGCAGCCAGCGUCUUCACCGAAGUCUGAAGCUCAACAAGUUUACAAACAAGAUGACAUUGAAGCUCUUGGAAACAUAUAAAGCCAGUCAAGGAGACUCUACAGACCUGAUCUGUGAAAUGCAAAUGGACAAUGUUCCAGUAUCUACAAUCUCCGGUCAGACUGAAUCAGAGCGCAUCUUGAGCAUUUAUUCCCACCUGAAGGCGUUUCUGCCGCACCUGAAGACAGUGAUGGAGCAGCAGCAGGACCUCGAUCCUCCAACCAACCCCCUGACAGAGGGAAUUAACAGCGUGAUUACACACAUUCGCCACAUGGCUGUAAGGGUGAACUGUCUCUUACAAAUCCUGCUGCCAAAUAUACCCAUUCCUGAGCCAGCUGAAAGGCCAACGGGAAUUCCCCCAGCACAGAAUAUUUUCCAGCAGAAGGCCUAUGGAUGCAUCGUCCUAACUCGGCUUCAGCAGCUCCUUAGUCGAGCAGUUCAAGAACAGAAGUCUCUCAAGGGAAAAACCUGCAGGAGGACAAAAAAAAAUUAUUCUUGACAAACUCAAUUGUGAUUUAAGAUGAUGUAAUUUAUUAUUAAUAUUUAUUUUUGUACUUCAAUAACUGUUUAUGAGAUGUGUGUAGUAGUAUGUGUUUGAUGAGGAUAUGUUUAUUUAUAUAAUUUAUUUCUGUCCUAAAUGUCGCAUUUAUAUAUGUGGACCAAAUAGUUAUACAAACUGAUUUUAGAAACUCAGACUUGGACUAGUUCGCAGAACAUUUUGACCAUCAUUGACUGCCAUGUUUCCUUUCAUUAUAUGACAGUUAAAAUACUUUGUUUUGAUUUUCUCAUGUAGCAUCAGUUGUCAUCAAAACUGUGCACGACUGGAUGUGAUGCCUUUUUCUCUUUCAAGAACAAAAGCUCAAAUCCACUCUAAUCAGUUGCUCAGGAUUCUAUGAGGUUUAUCAUGUCAUCACAGACAAUUGUUUGGAUUAUAAAAAAAUCUUAUUUUGAAAACUGUGAUGUCACACAUUGGCUUUUGCAGUCUAGCAUGACCUAAAAAAAACAGUUAAAAUGUAUACCAUCUCAGACGCAGACUUCACUUGAGACCAUUUUAGAAGGCAGGAAGCAUAAGAGACUGAUAUCAGCCCAUAAUGACGCAUUCAUUUCACCACAUCAGAAAGUGGAAAAAAAAAAAAAAACUGACUAGCCGUCUCCAUUGUCACAAGGUAUGAGUGUGCAUUUGUGUCCAUUUGAGUGAAUCUCCCUUUACAAUGAACAGACUUGGAUUUGAAGAUUCACUCAGCACAACUACUGUAAUAAUGCUGAAUGAGAAUGUUGUGAUUAUGAAUGUAAGUGUAUAUUUUGAUACUUAUUUAUAUAAUGUAUUUUAUGAUCUAAAUUA